ACGUCAAAGUGUAUCAAAACAAUCCCGAACUCACGUGUCUUCGCAAAAAAACAUGUUCAUAAAUUAACAUUAAUAACUGAAAAUGGGUAAACGUAAAUAUAAUACCGAAAGUGAAGAGGCACCUAAGAAAAUUAAGACUUCCGAAGAUGUUCCCGAAGCAAAAAAUGAAAAAGAAACCGAUGAACAACCUCAAAAGGUUGCUGAACACAAGAAAGCUGGUAAUAAACAGCAUGGUUUUGAUGUGAAGCACUUCAGAAAAGAAUUAGCUUCAAAAACCGGACAAACUAUGGCACUAACCCAGUUCCUCCAAGUAUGCCUGAACCCCGACAGUGAAGUGGACUACAUGGCCGAAUACCUAAACGCCGGCGGCAACUCCCACGAAAUCCUCCGCCAGAUCAAUCAGGACAGCAAGAUGAACCUCACCCUCGCCACCCCUGCCUUCCAUCUCUUCCACCUCAUCAUCAUGAAAGUACAAUCCUCACAUCCUCAAAUGUUCGCAAUAACUGAGGAAGCCAGUCGCUAUUUCCUAAACACAUUCAUGCCAACUGUUGAAAUCAUGAUCAGCGAAAAUUCUGGACCGCGUCACAGGAAAAUCGUCCUUAAACUCUUGACUUCAAUAGUCACUUUAAAUUCAGAUUUGGGUGUCGAAGUUAUCAAUCAAGCACCUUUAACACCAAAACAUUUGCAGUAUAUUCUUGAAAAACCGAAUUAUAAAGAAAAGGAUAAUGUCAGGACGUCAUUUGUGCAUUUCAUGACUUCUUUUCUUGUUGAUGGACAUCUGCCUUUGAUUAAAGCUUUAUUAGAAAAGCAAGGACUGUUACCUUUAGUAAUUCCAGGUUUAAUUCACGAUGAGCCUGACUCAGUAUUGAUGUUCUUAAAUAUUUUGAAAAAGAACGUGAUUGAGAACAGUUUCAUUUCAAAGAGUUUGAAACUGAAGACAUUCAGUCACCAAGUGCUGUUUAAUAUCUUUAAACUAUAUUCUUGGAAGGGACCGCCAGAAUUAAGUCAGGAAGCGAGAAAUAGGUUACGUCCGGACAUAAUGGCUCUUUUAUCAGAAAUUGUACUGACGCUAUUCACUUCUCAUAAGCUUGGGUUAUAUUUUACUGAUAAUACCUUAGGUAUGGUGGAUGCGAAUAAAAAUCAGAACCUUUAUAAGGCUCUGUUGACGUUAAAAAGGCCUUGGGAGACAGAAGAGGCGUGUGAAGUUAUACUGAAAAUUGUUUACAAAUGUCCUGACUUACACAGAGCUAUAAUAAAUAUUGUGGAGCAGAGUUUCGAGCCUCAGCACUCCCCAAUUUGGGAGAAAACUUUGCAGUUUGCUAUUAAAUUGCUGGAUGUUCUGAAACCAGAGGAUAUGGUCCCUAGAAUGGGUAAUCUAUCAUCAAUUCAAGUUAUUAAUUUUGCGAGAUACGUAACUUUGCCCAUUCCUUUGCUAAAAUUCAUGCAGACACAUUUAGGUAAAGAUCGAACUAUAUCUUUAUACUGUGUGAAGAUUUUAGUGAAAAUGCUGGAAAGUUUAAGAAGGUACAUAAGGAUUUUAGAGAUGGAAGACAGUCAUGUAGACAUUUCUGAUUUGAGGAGCAAAAUGGAGUACUUCUUUCCAAAACACAUGCCUGUGCCUACGAUUAUCGCAACACUGAUCCAGGAUGUUAUAAGUGGCAAAGAGGUUACAGACACUACUCAAGACUACAGGCUAACGAAAAUAUCUGAAACAGACAGCCUGAUUUAUCUAAUGGAUCUCUUAUUACUGUAUAAUGACAUCCACCCCACAUUCUUCGAAAUGCUAGAAGGAAGCUUAGACAUGAGAAAGAUUCUAGACUUCUCCAUGACACUGACUGUUGGGAGGGUUUCACUAUUGAAAUUCAAAGUCGUGUCUUUGUGGUUGACUUUAGACAGCUCAGCAAUUUCGCUAAGCAAUCCGAUGUUCAAAGACCUGUUCAACAUUAUGCUGGAAGUUUAUACAAACACUGAUGAUAAUACUUGGAUUGAGGCCAAGGAUACGAUUUGCAAGUUUUUCAAAAACACAGGAAUUUUUGAGGGGGAUGAAGACGAAAUACACCUUAUGCUUUACACUUUGCGUAACUCUCGUGCGACCCCUACUAUCUUGAUCGGAGAUUUGGUGCAAUACGUGCUGGAAAACAGCAAAGAUCUUACUGAAAAUAUCAGAAAUCAAAUUGUCAACUUUGAGAUUUCUGAUCAAACCAGUGAAGCGAACUUAGACAAACUAUUUAACGAUCUUAUGAAGAAUAAAAAUACGGAAAACACAUCGUUUUUAGAAAAUAAAGUGCCAUCUCCUUUCAUCGUAGGCUGCAUGCAAUAUAUACAAGGCAACAAAGAAGCAAGAAAAUCCUUGAAACAAUUUUUGUCAAUUUACGUAGCAAAUUUGCUGCACGCGAACUAUGCUCCAGAAUUGACAGAAAUUGUGAUUGGAGACUCCAAAGUAGAUGCAAGAAGUUAUGUUGCCAGUUGGACAUCGGAACCUGAGGCUCUCUCGGAUAAUUUAUCUGGCCGGGAUGAUACCAUUAAAAAUAUAUCAGCAUCUAUCAUUGGCAAUAGUGAAAUUCUCCUAAAGGACAUCUUCCAAUGUCUUGAAGAAGUUUCUUCAGAAGAAUGCGAUAUUAUCAUAGAAGAUGUUCCUUAUAAAGUUAACACAGCACAGAUUGUGGAUGGCUCUGAGCUUCUGAUUUGGGCGAAAUAUCUAAUAUUCUGUACAGUCAGGUUAACUAACAUGAACUCCUUGACGGAAUAUCAGCAAAAGAAGAUUAACCUAUACUUCGAUUGCUUAAUCCUUAUUGGGAAGAAAUGUCACAUGAGAGAUGUUUGUCGUACGAUUGUACUGUCCCUUUUCAAAAACCCGCACUAUCUUAAUAUCUACACGCCUUUGGAUCUAAGCAAGAAUCCGUGCAACACCUUGGCGACUAAAUUCCUUUUAGAAGUGAUGACUCGACACGCAGAUAUUAUGACAUCUUUAAACAAGACACAAAAGGUUCUUAAACCUUAUCAACAGAAAAACCGUAAUGAAAUUGUGAAGGCGUUUAUUAAAAUAAAUAAAAGAAAGAACGUCAACAGCGAUCACACGAUAAAAGUUCUCGAAAUAAUUGGCCUUUCGGAAGCAGAUGACGUCACAGUGCUACAACACAUUUUUACUGCAGAUCCAAGUGCUUGCGUUAAAGAUGAUAAAGAACCAAGUCUCAUGUUAGAGGUACUUCGAGUACUUGUCUCGAAGUACUCGAAAACUGUAACCAUCGAAUUACCUAAAGACGUGUUCAAGGGCAUUGUAAAGGUGUACACAAACUUGCUGACUAACAAAGAAAUGAUUCCUAAUUUGACAAAUAUUGAGAACUCUUUGAUAGAGCAUUUUGAAAACAAGCCUCACCAAGUGAAACAUGUUAGUGAGGAACAGUUCAAGAAUUUCUUUCAAGCUAACUCCAUUCGCAAAACGACGUCCCUCCUCGCAGCCACUUUACUCAAACUCAGUCAGAAGUUCUGCAAAAUAUUUAAAGUCGAAAUUGACAAACCAGAAAUAUUAAGCCAAAGGGAGCUCACCUUACCACUCGGUAAUGCUAUUAUCCACCACGAGACUUUCCUAGUCGCGAAUAAAGAUUUCUUGCCUAAAGUCUACGAGGAAUACAAAUCUAAUAUUUUAAAAGUAUUAGAAAAACCACAUAAAGCUGGACAAGUAUAUAUCUCCUCUUGGAAAUUCAUAAGAAAACUGAUUCUGGAGUGCAUGUCUCAAGAGGAGUGUGAAAAGAUAUUUAACAAGAUUCAUAAGUUUGAAACCGCUGAAAUAAGCCACAUACAUCUAUUCCAAGCGUGCUUCUUAAAAAUGAGUCUCUCUGAAAAAGGGCACAAGAAAGACUACCUUAUAAACUACUUGUCGUCGUCUCUGAAUUUGAUAACAAUUGCGUUACAAGGAUCGAAUACUGAAGUUUUGAAAGAUCUUGCACAAAAUAUCCACAAUGUUAUCCGACUUGCUGGAUCUCUGAAAGGUUUUGACGUUGAUAACAAGGAAUCUCUUGUAAAAAUCACUGAAAGCUCCAUUUGGCAGAACUUCUGCAAGGCUGUUUUGAAAAACUGCCUGAAAGUGAGAUCAGGUGACCAGGAGAAUGCCUCAGGUCCGCUAUUGCUUGAGACAAUAACAAAUCUAGUAAAACUCUUCUAUCCUAACGACCACUCUGAUUUAGAAACUCUUUUCGACAUGGUAACUUCACAUUCGGAAUUCCUAAACGUGAUGCUGAGUUACCACAGUCUAGAAAUAAAAUCGAGAUUGAUAGAGCUUUUAUACGUCUUGCUUUCUCGCAAACAAUCAGUGAUGAAAACGCAACAAAUACCAGUGUUCUUAAGUGCUUACCAUGCUACUAGAAGCCCUUGCGAUCGCUUGAUAUUAAAGAUCCUAAACUUUUACGAAACCCACAGACUUCCAGUCAACGAAUACAAGCCUUAUUUAUGGGGAGAUUCCGCCGCUAACUUCUACGCAGUCCGCAAAAACAGAUCAGCGUCUCUUUGGAGUCAUCCUACUCCAAACCAAGUCAUGAACCUUCUGGACAAGGAAAUUAUCGAUAGAACCGUACGGAACUUCCCUGUGACUGAAAAAUUGAGUUACGAUUAUGAGCUACCUUCAUCUAACUCUUGCAAGGGUAUUAAAGAAGCUGUACGCUUUAUGUCUGAAGAGUUUAAAAUAUUAAAGGAUUACGAAGGCGAUGUAGCUCGGAUGACUUUAAAACUGAAGUACGAUGCCAUAAUAUCAGAGUUAAAGGACGUAGACAUAGUGAAUGCUUCACACGUCGAACCAGAUGAGGGUAUCUAUGACCCAGCAUUCGUAUUUCCCUUGUUAAGUCACCUCUUGGCUCCAGGGUCCAUGGCGUCAUGUUUCAAGAUGUUGCGAAGCGGUUUGCUGUCUCUGCCUGUAGUUGCGUUGAGCUCGCACUGUCCUGACAUGCGUGCAGCCGCGUACCAUGUGCUGCACCGGUUCCAUAUGCUUCUGGAGACUGAAACGAGACACAAGAACGACAAGCUGCUUCUCACAGACUUCAUCGAGACCCUCCGCCACAGCUUGUCCACCGCCAUCAACAGCCAACCCGAAUCUGGUCUCAAAAACCCCCGUCUCCCCUCACUCGACGCUUUAUACCUCGCCAAAUCCCUCAUGGUUUGCACUGCCCCCUUCGACCCUCUUUACAAACCCGUCAACAACUUCUUAAUUGCCAAACAAUUUGUAGAUUUAACUGUCGUCCCUGAUUUUCUGAGCCUUUUCCAUGACUGUGACGUUGAAUCCUCCGAUAGAAGACUAUGGAUCUUAGAUAUAAUUAAACAUGGAACUAAGACUAUGACAGAUAUAAGUGUAAUCUUUAAGACUAUGUGCUUAAAAAUGAUCAUGGAUUUCUACUCUUCUGUUUUAAGUGAUAGGAGAACUAAAGAAAAGAUUUUAGGAGCGAUAGGAGCUGUUGUAGCUAUACCUAGAGCAUUGCAGAUUUUGGUGGAAGGAUACGGACUUGUGUCGUGGCUGCAUUUCGUUGUAAGACAGUUGAGAAAAGAGGACAAAACAUUAAUAAAAGGAGUGUUGAAUAUUAUAAAGAAUAUACUCCAUAGCAUGUAUGUAAAUUCCUUGUCGCGUCAUAUCUCUGCACCUAAAUCCGACGCCGAAGGCAAGCCAUUAGAUAAAAUUGUUGAAAUAAGAGUGAAUAGGGAGAUAGAGGGAGAAAUACUUGUACUUUUGUAUGAUCUUCUAUAUAUUACUGCAGAUUUAGAAACUGAGGAUUUGAUUUCAUAUGUUAAAACUUACAGUUUGCUAUCGAAAAAUUCCAUCAAGCUGCUAACUAAAGAGAAAGUUCUAGGUUUAGUAGAAGAAUGUUGUAGCUCAGUUAAAGAUAGUGAGAAGGUUAUAUUGUUAAGAAAAUCAGCGAUUAGAAAUAAUACUGAUAUGUUGAAGAGCAAAAAUCUAAAUGUUGCCAGUGUAGGGUACAAUGCAGAAAGCAACGAACUACUGCUAAUCGAGUUAACGUCAUUGGUGCAAAAUUACAUAAGUGUAGUGUAGGUUAAACAAAUAUUCAUUAUUAUUCACAACGACGGGAAUUAAUCG